UUAAUAUAUUCUUCAAACAUUCAUUACUCCUAUGGAUCCUUCUCCUGCUGAAAAGAGAAUGAAAGAUAUCAAGGAAGCUUUCGAUUAGUUUGAUACUGAUAACAAAGGCACUGUAUCAACUAAGGAAUUAGGUACAAUUCAUCACAAGUUACCUUUUCUAGCUAACAUCCUGAAAUACUUAGGUCAAGAUCCCACUGAUGAAGAAUUAGACAAUUACAUGAAAGAAUUGGAUCCUGAAUCCACAGGCACAAUAGAUUUCUUGCAAAUGAUGAAAAAAUUAACUUAAGCAGUCAAAGAUGAUGAUACCAUAGAUGAAUUAAUGGCAGUACACACAUCCUUUUAUAUGAACUAUUUUAGUCAUUUCGCGUUUUUGAUGUUGAUAGCACUGGCACAGUCCCAACUGCUGAGAUGAGAUAUAUUUUGAUGGAAAUGGGAGAAAAGAUGACAGCUCAGGAUGUCAAGGAUAUUCUCAAGGAAAUGGACCCAGAUGACAGUGGAAUGUGCAAAUAUGUUGAUUAUGUUAAGAAAAAGUAUGAAGAUUUGUAGGUAGCCAAAGCUAAGGCUGCCAAACUUAAAGCAAAAAAAAAGAAGAAGUGA